CCCCCUCCCACUCGCUUUGUUUCUCGUUGUCGGACGCGACAGCAUCUUGUGAAAGAGCGUUCGCGUUAAACCAUGUUUUUUCUUUAGCUGUUUUUGUUUGUGAAUGAUCCGUACCGUAUGAUCUCAACUUAGAUCGACAGUCUAUUUUAAUACGAAACAGUCAAGGAUUUACAGAUUUUAUUCGCUCCUGGCUGGUCGUGUAUGAAAAUGGAUCAGGCGGCGAGCCGCUACCAAGUGCUGCACAAUGAGGACGAUCCCUCUGAAGAGUCUGCCAGCGCCGAACCGUCCACCUCCUCCCAGGCUUCUGCCGCUGUGCUAGGCAUUAGCAACCCUGCGGCAAUAGAUACGGAAGCCCCGCCUCCACCUUAUGCCAGUGUGGCCAUGGGAGCAACAGCUGCACCAGAAAGUGCAUUUCCGGGGGACUUCCCCGUGCCUCCGCCCUACAGCGUGGCCACAUCUCUGCCUACGUAUGAUGAGGCGGAAAAGGCAAAAGCGGCAGCCAUGGCCGCAUCGGCCGUUGAGGUCAUUCCACGAGAUGAGGAUUUUCCGGUUCGGGAUGACUUCAGUGAUGCCGACCAGCUGAGGGUUGGGAAUGAUGGAAUUUUUAUGCUGGCCUUUUUCAUGGCUUUUCUCUUCAACUGGAUCGGAUUCUGCUUGUCUUUCUGUUUGACCAACACCAUUGCCGGUCGAUACGGUGCCAUCUGUGGCUUCGGCCUGUCGCUCAUCAAAUGGAUUCUUAUCGUGCGGUUUUCAGAUUACUUUACCGGAUACUUCAAUGGACAGUACUGGCUCUGGUGGAUUUUCCUUGUUCUUGGUUUGCUGCUUUUCUUCAGAGGGUUUGUCAACUACCUGAAGGUGCGUAACAUGUCGGAAAGCAUGGUGUCUUCGCUUCGAACCCGUUUCUUCCUUCUUUACUAGAGGUCGCCUCACCAAACAUUCCUCCCUAAUGUGAAAUUCCUUGAUGAUUUGCAACCCGUCAAAUGAACUGGACCGGAUCCCACGGAGGAGAAAGGGAAGAAGGAAAAAACAAAGAGUAUCUCUGCCACAUGUGCUGAACUGAACUCGGUAAAAGCGAACGGUUUCGCUGCACUUCAGAACCACAACAUGAAGUUUUUACGUAUUAACUUCCCUUUUGUGCUUAAAUUCAAAACUAUUUUUAAAAAACUACGAUUCCCACACUGCAUGCAAAAUAAUGACGGCACAAAUGAUCAUUAGUAAUAUGCAGCCAAGAUGUCCUAUGCAAUGUUUACUCGUAGAUGGAUGAAACUAGACUAGGCUUUUUCUUAGCUUUGUUGUAGGGUCUUGGCAAAUUUGAUUGCAUUGCAGUAUUAUUAAUAAAUCGAUCUAGAUAGACUCUAGUUAAAUGGAGCGAUGUAAAAUAUAAUUGCACAAUUUCGCUUAACUUUAUAGUAAAUGAUUAAGUGACUUCAUCAAUUGUGUUUCAAACUGGAAGUUGAAUUUGUACUUAUCCUAAAGUAUAUAUUUGCCUUUUGCACCUUCUUGAUUUGUCUCGUGUCUCUUUCUUUUUUAUGAUUAUUGUUAUUGGUCGUUUUACGUCGCGUCUUGCUCAAGCUGUGACCUGCUAGUUACUCGAAUGCCUGAAUGCUACUGUCAUUUGUUUCUAUUCAUUACAAGCCUCUUAGCAAUAUCGCAUAUUAAAGAAGUGCAUGGUUAACCCGGUUACAGCAGUUUAAGUGACGACUAAUUCGGUAAAGAAAACCUGAGACAAAUGCAAGCCUACAUUAUUAAAUGUAUGUAAAACUAUUUUGUUGGAAAAACUGAUUUUGGAUAUGAUUCUCUGAUUGACGGAGAUUGAUCGUGUGAUGUAUGUUUGAUGUUUUGCGAAAUGCCAAUAAAAUUUGGAAUCUCGGGA